UUCCGGCUUUUCAGCUGUGAGCUGCCAUAUUUGCCGCUGCUUACUCUUUGCUGUCAAGGGUUUCAGCAUCAGGAAAGGGUACCUAUUUACAGUUCCUUGUUUCCCAUUGGAUCUUUUGCCUCUUGCUUUAACGGAACAUAUUACUGGAAAUGACUACUCGAUCGGAACGGGAGAAGGCACAAAAAUUAAAUGAACAACAUCAGGCAAUUCUAGCUAGAAUGUUAAGAGAAGAAGACAACAAAUACUGUGCUGACUGUGAGGCAAAAGGUCCAAGAUGGGCUUCUUGGAAUCUUGGUGUAUUCAUCUGUAUUCGAUGUGCUGGAAUUCAUAGAAAUUUAGGGGUUCAUAUAUCUCGAGUCAAAUCGGUCAAUCUUGACCAAUGGACACCAGAACAAAUGCAGUGUAUGCAAGAAAUGGGAAAUACAAAGGCCAGACAAAUUUAUGAAGCCAAUCUUCCAGAAAAUUUUCGAAGACCUCAGACUGAUCAAUCUGUAGAGUUUUUUAUCAGAGAUAAAUAUGAAAAGAAAAAAUACAUGGACAGAAGCUUUCUUAAUGGAACAACGAUGUCCUCUUCUGAUGCUUCUCUGCCUGUGGCAUCUUCUCCUUCUCUACAAGCUGUUGCUGAGAAGAACAGAUUAGAGAAAGAAAAGGAUAAAAGAAAAGAAGAAAAAAGGAAAGAAAAAGAACCAGAAAAAUCAUCAGCCAAACCUCCGCCUUUUGAAAAGGUGAAAUCGCCCCAGAAGAAAGAAGAACAGCAGUCAGAACAAAAAGCAAGUCCAAGAAAGGCAGCGGAGCCCACAGUCGAUCUGCUAGGACUGGAUGGUCCAUCGGAAGCACUUCUUGUUAAUGGAAGCACCACUACAACGUCUGCACUGAAUGACGACUUAGAUAUUUUUGGUCCAAUGGUCUCUAAUCCAUUACCAUCGUCUACUACUACUGAGGCCAGUUCCACUCUGCCAUCCGUAGCCGCCUCAUCAGCUGCACCAGGGGAGCUCGAUCUGUUCACUGAGCCAGCCACAAAAUCGGAUGAUGCAGUAAAGAAACCACUCUCAAAAGAUUCAAUCUUAUCACUGUACGGCACAGGCACCAUACCACAACAAAAUGCUCCAGGGAUGUUUAUUGGACCUUCCCAGAUACCAUAUCCUUCACAACCAGCAGCCAGCUUUCAAGGUUUUCCUAAUAUUGCAGCACCUAUGCCUGCAGCUACUGGUAUAAUGGGAAACAUGAUGGGACAGUCUGUGCCUAUGAUGGGACAAGGUGCUGGAAUGAUGGUAGGCAUGGGAUUACCCAAUGGUUUCAUGGCAAAUACGCAAGCUGGUAUGGGACUUCCUCAGAAUAUGAUGGGAUCGCAAACGGGAAUGGUGGGAAAUAUGAUUGCUCCACAGAAUAUAUAUGGCAUGCAACAGAAUCAGCAGGCACAGUGGACUCUCGCUCAGAUGAAUCAGCAAAUGGCGGGCAUGAACAUCAGUGGAACCAGUGGCAUGAUGGGUUUCAGCCAGCCUGCAAACACAAUUGGAGGAUGGACGGGGAGCUCAGCGGGUCAGACGCUAAGUACUCAGCUGUGGAAAUAAUAACAACAAAAAAUAAAUAAAUAAAAAAAGAAAAAAGAACUGUAUCAGAAGGAAUACCACUACAUCCAUCUCCCAGUCAUUCCAUGCUCAGUUGUGCAUAUAUAUAUAUAUAUAUAUUCCCAGUUUUAUUCAUGUAAAUAAAUCCUUGUUUAUUUCCAGUUGUUAAUAGUUUAGAUAGUAAUCAAUUUGAUCUAGUCAGUCUCUCACUUCAGAUGGAUAUAACGAGUGACUGAUUUGAGUUUAUGAACUGGCAGCUUUGCUGUACUGUUACAGAACAAUGAAAAAAAAAAACAUAUAACUGAGAAAGUUGUAGAGUUAUUCAUAUUCCAAUGUAUUCUUUAUUUUAGACAAAGAAAUAGUUUCCCAGUAUGAGGGAUGUAGUUUGUCAUGGUAGUAAUAAACAGUGUAGCCCCUUCAAAAGGAACCAGAGAUUUUGUGAAAAAGCAUUGUAUGAGCAGAUGUGCAAUGAUAUAUUAUCUAAUUAAAACUGUUUCUGUAAACGCAUCUUCUGGUAUACAAGCCAUAUUUGUUUUUGUCAUCCAUUUCAUGUGGUGCUUGCAUCACCAAGAAGCACAGUUUUGAAUGUUCAAUAAACCUGGAUGAUGCAAUAGUUGGAACUCUUGGAGUGGAAUUUAAAAGACUUUGAAGGAGCAUGUGACGUGAUUCAGUGAUCAACUAUUUACUUAAUACUGAAUCUCACAUAUGAUGCUGAUACAUCUAGUAUGUCUACCAAUUUUUUCAACAAAUAACUGAAAUAUGUGAACAGAAUACUUCAGUGCAAACACAGGGAAUAUUUCGGUGCAUCCUGCUUUAAGGGAGUUGCACAUUGCACUUACACGCUUACGUGAUUGUGUGCAUCCAGGUUUAUUACCGUAUUUGUGUUUACAUUUUUAUGGUGCCUAGUCUGGAUACGAUUGUUUCUCUGUAUUAAAGCAGAUUAAAGUACUUAGAACCUGG